AAAACGGAUCCGAAGAAUUAGCAUGUACUUCCAGUGUUGUUAGGAUUUUUUUAUGUGGUCCGGAAAUUCUACUAGAGCUCCGUUGACGGUUGUGGGUGGUCCUGGGUCGUCUUGUCAUGGAAAUGUUAAAAUACGAUAAAAUGUAUGGUUAAGUUUACAAAAUCUACAAUAUAAAAUGUUAGCUUGAAACUGAACAUUUUUGAGAAUGUCACAAUACCUGCUAAACACAAAUAAAGUUUUAAUUUUGAACACAAUAUCAUCCUUUUCUGGAAGAGUUCUGAAAAUGAUUUUUGGCAGGAAGGUAAAAGUUCUUCUAUGCCAUAGGUACGGGCAGCCCACACUUUGGCAGCAACUACGGAUAACUGGUCUGGUGCUGCUAGCAGUGCUAAUUGGGGUCUUUGCCUUACUGGUCUUCUUAGGCCCAGUGCUUUUCUAUUUUUCUCCAUCGCUUCAAGAUUACUUGAUUUUCCGAGGAUCACCUGACUUUUCAACUGAGCUGGCUGCUCCUGAGCUGUUGAAUUUGAAAAAUGCCCGUGCUUUCUACAUAACUACUGAUGAAGGCAUCAAACUAGGCACUUGGCACAUCCUACCAUCUGCAGCACCCAACCCAACAUCACCUGAGUCCAUAGGAUCCAGAAGUGCUCGUUUUGAAGAUGAACUCCGCAAAGAUGGCUCAGUUGCUGUUAUUUAUUUUCAUGGCAACACGCCCUCCAGAGCACAGGCACACAGAGUUGAUCUCUACAGGAUACUUGCUGACCUGGGGUGCCAUGUUAUUGCAUUUGAUUACAGGAGCUUUGCUGACUCUUCUAUUGCCCCACUAUCUGAGACAGCCUUAGUGAAGGAUGGGAUGUUUGUGUAUGACUACAUACUGGAGAGAGUGGGUCCUGGCACGGCCAUUAUAUUGUGGGGACAUUCUCUUGGUUCAGGCAUAGCAGCGUCAGUUGCAGCAGCGCUGUGUGGCAGAGGCAGUAGCAGCGACAUGCAGCACUGUGCUGAUGGUCUUGUGCUGCAUGCUGGCUUCACAGAUUUGCUCAGUGCUAUUCAAGACAAUUCACUUGCUGUCGUAAUGAAUUGGGUGCCGUGGUUCACGCCGCUGGUGCGCAGCACUCUGGAGCAGCGGGACUUGAUGUUCAACACGACAGCGAACGUGGUGCGCGUGAGCGGUCCGCUUCUGGUCCUGCACGCUCAGGACGAUGACAUCUUGCCUGUCACGCACGGCAGGGCGCUCCGUGUUGCUGCCAGCGGUCGCGGCGGUGACAGUGACGCCGCGGGAGGUGCGUCAGGCGUCACGUACAUUGAGUUCUCAGGAGACUUCGGCUACUCCCACAACGGCAUCGUCGAGGCACCCGAGCUGCGACAAAUUGCUGGGGAGUACAUCCAGCUGUGCCGGGAGUUCCACAGCCUGGUGCAGGACAUGUACCGGUCAGGAGCAUCUCUGGUCCACCGCAGCAGGCUUAUAGCUGCACUGCACGCCCAUGCGCUCCCCCUCAGAUGAGUGGUCUCCUAAAAUGAUUGGCCUCCUCCUAAAAUAAAAGGUUCCAUCCUAAAAUGAGAGGUUCCCUCCUAAAAUGAGUGGCCUCCUCCUAAAAUAAAAGGUUCCAUCCUAAAAUGAGAGGUUCCCUCCUAAAAUAAAAGGUUCCAUCCUAAAAUGAGAGGUUCCCUCCUAAAAUGAGUGGCCUCCUCCUAAAAUGAGAGGUUCUCUCCUAAAAUGAGUGGCCUCCUCCUAAAAUAAAAAGUUCCAUCCUAAAAUGAGUUGUUACCUCCUAAUAUGAGUGGUCUCCUCCUAAAAUAAAAGGUUCCAUCCUAAAAUGGGUGGCCUCCUCCUAAACGAGUGGUUACCUCUUAAAAUGAGUGGUCCCUACUCCGAUGAGUGGUCUCAUCAACAACUGUUGCUUAUAAUCAAUUGCUAUCGUACUUAUUCUUAGUCGAACGAAACAAUGGCGGUUGCUUACUCCGCUUGACUAUAAUUGUAUUGGUCUUUGGACUGAGAAUAACAGACACGAUGAGGACCAAUAGCAAUUCGUUUCUAAAGGCGGGGUACACGAAUAAUUGAGAAGAGCUUACAGGGAUUGAAUACUUCGGUGACUACGAAGGAAUUUUUAAAAGACUUCAUCUGUGAACUCAAUCUAAGGUUUUAAAAUUUUCGAAUCGAAGACAGUCCUCAAAGGAUAAAUUUUCCUAAUGUAGUCGUGUCUAUAAACUUUCCAAUGUGUGCGUGCUGCAAUGCGAGCAAAGUCAUUAUAAGAAAGGCCUUCAACUUCUGCUUCUAAAUUAAAGUAUUUUGUUCAAUUCUAGUGGAGUUCAUUUACGAGAGCUGUGUGUUUCAAACGCUCGUAUAAUACAACUGCACCAUGAUGAUAACUGCUUCAUAUAUUUCUGUGUAUGGUCCCAUAUGGGAUUCGUCAAGAUUAUAGUUUGUUUUCUGUUGGUUGUAACUCGUAUUUGGAAAUUUUCCACACGCCAUUGACGAGAAUAUAAACGAUUUACUUGCCAAAUUCCAAUCAAUUUUUCAGGAUCACAAAUACUUUAUGGCUGUGCCAAUAGCUUUAGUCAGUGUAUCAUGUUAAAUAUAUCAAAGCUUACUGUACUAUGAAUAAUUUAAAUAGUUCUUGUACAUAGCCUGAAAUAUUAGGUAUGCAUUUUGUUCGGAGUUUGCGUUGAAAUAACUCUGUAUUUAUUUCAGUUUUUAACACGAAACUUGCCAGAAUAUUUAUUCCUAGUUGAAUUUGAGGUUUAUAAUUUCAUUGAAAUAUUUACUGAAAAAUUCGUUUAUGUGAAUCUUUUUCAUCACUCUGGUCGUAAGCACCUUGAAUAAUAUUUUGCUCACUUUUAACGAUCAGUAAACAGAGAAAGAUGUAGAAGCCAUUUUAUUCUUAUUGCAAUUAAUUUCCUUGUGGGGCCUCAAAUCCUUUGAAAAGUUAAAUUUUGAUACUGAAUUAUUGUAUUUUACUAGUGUUACUAUUGUUCUCGAAAGCAUAGCGUGUCCGUGUAAAUUGUAUGCUUUAUUUCUGUGCCAAACUCGCCAUGAUUUCUUGCUAUUUUCGUCAAGUUGGUGAAUAUUGAUAAGCUCAAUUCCAUUCCAUUAAUAAUUUAUGAUGAGAAUAUUGGGUUGGGGUAAUUCAGGUGUAAUAGACCCAUGGCCAUUUUUGUAACAAAGCCCCAUGCACUCACGGACCGUCUUCAUUUGUUGUUCGUAAGAUGAUGUUAUCCAAGGAAGACAUUCUAUUAUGCAAAUGUAAUCUGGAAUACUCUCUUCAUCCUUAAGUGAACAAUCGUUCUUGAACAGAGUGAUGAGGUCUAGAUAGUGUUAUGUUGUUAUCAAUAAUUUUUGUGAAAUGAUUUAGGCAAGAAUAUGUAUGUAUACCAAAGAGGCUGAUUUGAUUUCUUCGAGUAAUUAUCGCUAACCUUUAUUUUUAUUUAUUACCGUGGUCCAGCUGAUGAAUUUGUAUAUAAUGGGAUGGAACUUAAGCAGAGAUAUUUGGAAUGUUGGAAGAAAGUGUGCAAUGCAUCCAGUUGGUGCUCGAUGUAUCUUCUUAAAUUGGCCAAUGUUUUCACUUAGAUAAGCGGAUGGAGGAUAAAUUAAAUUAUUUUGGAA